CCAUUCUACUGGGUACUAGUCUAUUUUAUAAGUAAAAAAGUAAACAAAAGAAUGGAAGACAACUUGGAUUUUCAAAAAAUCUGCAGAGUCUGUCUAAAUGAAGGUGUUAUGAUGUCGAUAUUUAAAGUUAAUAUUUCAAAGAAACUGAUGGCUUGCGCGAAUGUGCAGGUUUGGCAAAAUGAUAAUCUACCAGCGCAAAUAUGUCAAAAAUGUUCAGCUAAACUUCAUAUAUCAUUUCAGUUCAAAAAAUUGUGCGAAAAAUCAGAUGGUAAAUUACGUCAAUACUUAAACAAAGUAUCAGAAAGAAGAGAAGAACAACAGUCUCAACCAUUACAACAAAUCGAAAAAGAACCUACAACAAAUAUUUCUUCUCAGUAUACACAAAGCAUACCUGAAAAUAGUUGUGCGUAUAUAGAAUGUAACACUUUAAUAGACAAUGUUUCUCAAAAUAAUUUCAUACCUGUUAGUCAAGCCGAACCACAACAAAUGACACAAAUGGAAUAUUCUCAAUUAGCUGGUUACAAUGUGGAUAGUGUGGGUCAAGUACAAGUUUAUAAUGGCAAUUACAACAUGCCUUUAGAUCACACUGCUGUUUUACACAACCAAGAAAUUCAACCUAUUGCGAUGGAUCCUCAAGCACAGCCUCAACAACAAGUCCAAUAUAUUGAUCAGACACAACAACAACAACCAGAACAACAACUUGCUACCCAUCCAACUUGUGACAUUAUAAAAGAAGAUAAAACCAAAUCCAAACACAAGCCAACUGAUGUAGCAAAACAAUGCCAGAUAUGUAAUAAAGUAUUUUCCACAGCAACAAAACUCACAAGGCACAUGAAAACCCAUGCAUCAGAUAUGCCCUAUAAAUGUAAGACUUGUAAUAAAGGCUUUGCGCACAGUGGAAAUUUUAAAAUACAUUUACGUAUGCACACUGGGGAAAGACCUUUUAGAUGUGUGGUUUGUGACAAGGGAUGUAGGCAAGCACAGGAUUUGGAGAAACACAUGAGAACACAUACAGGUGAAAGGCCGCAUAAAUGUUUAAUGUGUCCGAAAGCUUUCUCAACAAGAUCUAAUCUAAUAGCCCAUAUAAGGAUCCAUACGGGGGAACGACCAUAUGUUUGUUGUGUAUGUCAAAAAUCGUUCUGUCAAUCUAACGAACUCACCAAACACAUGAGGACACAUACGGGAGAAAAAUCGCAUAUAUGUGAUAUUUGUAAUAAGGGUUUCAAUGGUUCAAGUACGUUGAUAGUUCACAGACGAUCUCACACAGGAGAACGACCCUACGUCUGUUUGGUCUGCAACAAAGCAUUUACCCAAAACAGCUGCUUAGUUACCCAUAUGAAACGCCACAAUCUCAAUUCGCAAUGCGACAACAAUUUCAAUACGAAACAAACAGAAGGAAAAGAAACUAGUAAUACCAUUGAAGAAAAAAUCAGUUGUAGUUUUUGUACGAGUAAUUUUAAUACAUCCAAUGAAUUCAACGAGCACCUAAAGACCCACCAUACUUCGACAACUGAUGCUACUACAAAUACUGUUUUAUGAAUAUCAAAACGGGUAACUCGGAAAGAAAACAGUCCCAAAAUCUUUAUUCACAUUUCUUUUCGAACUAGAAUCUAGAAAAUUCGCGUUCAAAGAAUUUUUUGGUGUGGAAAUGUCAGCGGGUGACUGACUACAAUAAUGAAAUGAAAAAUCCCAUAACUGUAAUUGGUUGGGGUGAGAUUGUAUUUUAGACCAUAUUCAAUAAAUAGACAGAGAGAAACGUUGAUUAAUCUAUCCCUGGUUAUUCUAUGAUAACUACUUUCGAAUACAUCUUAUCCUCUGGGGUAAAAUUAUUCAUUAAGGGUGAGUGUGAUCUUUAGUAAUUUUUAUAUUUAAAGUUUGAAUUAAUUUUAAAAAGAAACUUUGGUAUGAAACAGGUAAUCCAAGAUAUAAGGUUUUAGUUUCUGAAAACUUGUUAUCGAAACGCGCGUCAGACAGUAUAAUUGUGGGUGUUGGUGUAGUAGUAGUAUAAAUAGUGUGUUCAGUAUGAAUAUCACCAACGGUUCCAGAAAUUCCAACUUAGGAGGAGGUAAAGCAGUUCACUCUGAUUUUAAAUUAUCUUUUAGAAUUUUAUGACUCAUGUGUUGCGAGAAGCGAAAAUUAUCUGGAAAGAGUACACUGUAGGUGACAAAAAUGGUACUGCACCAAGACAUUAGAGGUAGAGACUGAAUUGUUGGAGGAAUUGUUUUCUUGACUAUCAAUAUGCGUUGUUCGUCUUUAGACCAACUCAAAACAAGAAGAGUUUUGAAAAAUAAUUGAUAUAGGUUAUAGCAAAAUUCUGGAAGAAGACUGAAGAAUAAAGGUGCUUUAUAUUAAUUGCGAAACUGUCACAGAUUCAAUCACAUCAGCUGACAAAAUAUACUCGAUUUAUGGCAAAUCUGGUGACAAUUGUAGUUCGUGGGUAAAGAAGAGUACCAUUCUCACAUCAACAAGUCAAUUGAAUCAAACAUUUUGUCAACUGUCAACGGGGCAAGUAAAAUAUGAAUCGAUGGACAACACCAACCAGUAGAAAUUCCUCAUACGAAAUUUUAUUUCUUUCUGGCUUAAAUUAUUCAAUUUUUGGUCAAAUUCCGUAGGAUCAGCGUCUGAUUCUUCAUUAGUCAUCGAUUGAUUGUCAUCUAAAUCACUGGAUGAUUCUGUUUUAUUGAUUCCAACACUUUUUUUAUAUUCCUUAUAUAUUAGUAUCUUGACUAUAUUUAUAUGGACAUGAAGAACGUGUUCAGUAUCGAAAGAUAGUUUUUUUAUGGCAUUUUCACAUUUCCAUCAAUAACUUGUACCAGUUGAAAAAUUGCUCGGUUCGCCCAUCUGUAUGUUUUUAUUCGAGGUUAGAAACAAUACAUUAACAUGUUUACUUUUGGCGCUAAAUUCAAAUUUCUCAAAAAGUGAUUUGGUAAUCAUUCACUUGGUUAUAAAUUCAUUAGUAAAAUAUUAUAUCCUUGUAAAUCUUCUUGCACUCCUUGACUAGUUUCGAAAGCACUGUAUCACACAUUCGUUCAUAUUUUGGUAAAAAUCCAUUCGUUUAAGCCUUUGGAAACAUUCUCAAUGUAUAAUUCAAAAUAUAUUUGUUCAAAUGUUAGUUUGUUUCUUCAAAUUUGAGGACAAAUAAAAAUAAUAGUAUUUAUAACAAAA